AUGAGCCCGUUUCUCGACACCGGGGACAUGCGAAAGCUCUCCUUCUAUCGCAUUCUCCAGGGCUACUUACUGGCCAAGUUCCCGGCAACUGUCGUUCAGGUUACACCGUCAACCCCAGGACCGAAUGCGGACAUUAAGAUCGAGGUCCUGAUCAGAGGCGCGUGGAUCCUCGUCUGCCUCGUGGAAGUGAAGCCCGAAGUCGGCCUGAAUGGCGAGCCAUGCGUGCAAGUGAUGAACGCCUAUGCAAAGGUGACGAUCCAGAGCCGGUCACGUUACGAGUGGCAGUUCUUCUGUUCCUGCUUCCCGGUGCUGAUUGUAGAGCUCGCGGGGCCGAACAUUCGGGUGGGCGGUGCCUGCCAUUUCGACAAGCCGGCACACGAGCCCUUUACGCCCUUCCUCCACAUGCUCAAGUUCCUGCGCGAUGACCGUCACUUGGGCAUCUUGUCCAAGGCCCUGGCUUCCAUCUCGCUGGCCAUUGGCUCCAUGGUGCGAUUCUACGAUCGAGUUGGUACUGCUGCUGCAGCCCAGGGAGCCGCCGCCAGGACCAGGGACGUUUCUGUCAACUGGCCGCAUCAUGUUGCGUUGCAGAAGAGCUCUGGUGCUACUGUCGUCCAGUUGGAACGCAGGUUCUCGGCCAGCCAGCUCGCGCUGAUGCAAGUUGGCAGGGCACAGCAGCUGGUGUUUCACAUCAAGCGGCCGGGUGGCGCGCAACGCGUUGUCAAGUUCUGCCAGAGGUAUGGCAAGGAAGUGCACCGGCUGUGGCACGAGGCCGGAUAUGCGCCCGGCUUCCAGCACCAGCUUCUACAAGACGGGGACUGGGUGGUGAUAGAUAUGGAGUGCUUGGCCGAAGGUGAUGGCUGGCGGCCGCUGCAUGCACUUGAUCCGCGGCUGGCUGUGAUUGGAGAUGCGGAUGCAAACAUGUAUCGCCUCAAUGCUUCUGAGUGGGAUACAUGCAAGCGUGCGGUCCGGCUGGCUCUGCGCAAUGUCCAGCAGAUGCAUUCGACCACAGUGCACGGUGACAUGAGGCGGCAGAACAUCUUGUGGAACGUGGAUGGCAGGGUGGCUUUCGUGGACUUCGACUGGGCCGGCAUCAGCGGACGAGACUGCUAUCCGCUGUUUAUCAAUCCCGUGAAUGUGUGGCCCCCUGGAGUCACUGGUGCUGCUGUGAUGUUGAGCCAACAUGAUGUCCAGCUGCUUGACUUGGAGCUUGGGCCAUGA